UUAAUUGCAUGAAACUUUCCUGGAGUGUAUAGUCUAUAACUAAGAGCGCUGUGAUGUGUAAUAAUAAUGAUAAACAGACAGACGAGUCUUUGAAUAUUGAGUGGCUCCAGUGUGUAUCGUGGUAUGAAUUUGAGAUUUCUCUUGUUUGUCGGUACAGAGAUGCAGACGGAGCGUGCAAAGAGGAUGGACUCUGCAGGAGAAGAAGCGUCCCUGAAUUCACCUGAGCUGCCCUGGAACCAGCUCUAUUUGAAGAGAAGGACCGAGUCCAGGAUCCAGUUAAGGAGGAGAGUGUGCUUCACUGGCCCUGCUGCUGCUGCUGUUACCGGGGUAUUGGCAAUCCUCAUACUGGCUGCUGGCAGGGUCAGCGGCAGUGAGUUUGUGACAGUCCCGAGCUCAGUGAAGUGUACUGAGGGGCAGGACUGUAUCCUAAGCUGCACCUUCAACUACACAGCUGGAGACUGGGAUGAGAGGACAGGUGUGACCUGGAGACGACUAGAAACAGGCCGGAUCGUUCACAGUUACUAUAACAACUUGGGCCAGCUUAAUAAUCAGCCCCCUCAUUAUGUGAACAGGACCAGCCUGUUUGAUUCUGAGCUGCAGCGCGGGAACGCUUCACUGCUGCUGAGGAGAGUCAGGGAGGAAGACGCUGGACAAUACAGGUGCUCUGUUAACGCUCGUAGACUGUACGGGACGGGCCUGACUGAGGUAGUCGUGGUUCCGGCUGAUCCCACAACAGCACCAGCUCAUGUGACAGUCCCGGGCUCAGUGAAGUGUACUGAGGGGCAGGACUGUAUCCUGAGCUGCACCUUCAACUACACAGCUGGAGGUUGGGAUGAGAAGACAGGUGUGACCUGGAGACGACUAGAAACAGGCCGGAUCAUUCACAGUUACCAUGACAACAUGGACCAGCUUGCCCAUCAGCCCCCUCAGUAUGUGAACAGGACCAGCCUGUUUGAUUCUGAGCUGCAGCGCGGGAACGCUUCACUGCUGCUGAGGAGAGUCAGGGAGGAAGAUGCUGGAGAAUAUGAGUGCUCUGUUUCCACUCCUAGACUGCACGGGUCGGGCCUGACUGAGGUAGUCGUGGUUCCGGCUCAACAACACCACUGGUGGGUUUUAGGAGCAGUUCUUCCUCUUCUUUGUGUGGUUGCAGGUCUCUGUGUCGGACUGUGAUGCUGUAAACAACACUCAGUUUGCUGCUAGAAGUCCAACAAGGCCUCUAGUCCAGCAGAGACAGUGCUGUUGAUGUUAUUUAAUUGGGACGUCCCUUUGUUUAAUUGGGAUGCAGUAUUUUCAGAUGAUGAAGGGAGAUCGCUUCUCAGACACUCAGAAAAAUGAGUUUAUUUUUAUUUUAAGGUUUCUCUUUGUUUUUGUUUAUUAUUCAGUCAAGUGCGUGCCUGUUUAUUACAAAUGCAGUUAUGAAAGACUUUACAAUGACAAAACUGCCUCUGAAU